AAUGUCACAACAGAAUAUCGACAAAAAAGGGCGUGGAUUGUUGUUGUCUGACACAGGUGAGCCCGGAAUAAACCUGUCGUCCCAGUUGCCUGACCGAGGUUAAGUGAAUUAGAGGCGAUUUGUGGAGCGCAAGCACCACGAUCACAGGCCGCUGAGUAAAUAACGCCGAUUCAACAAAAUGAACUGAGUGGGCUGAGGUCAACAUAGACGUACUUUGCCUUGGCGUCCAUGCUCUGCCUACACCGACGAAAUGCUGCCAAUAAGAAACGCACUGAAACAACUUGUGAUAAAUAACUUAGCGAAGAACUUGCAGCUGCGGGCUUCCAUCUCCACCGGGCCCCAGCAGAAGCAUGGCACUUUUUACGAGUUCCGCACGUACCGCAUCAAGCCCGAGCAUAGCGCCUCCUUCUUCAAGCUGACGCAUGAGAAGAUCCACCUGCGCACGGCUCAUUCUGAGCUUCUGGGUUACUGGAGCGUGGAGUACGGUGGCCUCAACCAGGCCUUUCACAUCUGGAAGUAUGACAGUUAUGCCCAGCGGGCAGGAGUGCGGACAGCCCUGGCCAAGGACCCCCAGUGGAUGGAAGAGUACAUUUCCAAAGCAAUGCCUAUGCUGACCUCUCAGGACAAUGAAGUGACAUAUCUGGUUCCUUGGUGUAAGAUCAAAGGACCUCCAAAUAAAGGUGUGUACGAGCUCACGACAUUUCUCAUGAAGCCGGGCGGGCCAGCGGUGUGGGGUGCCGCAUUUCAGGCGGCUGUCGGCGCUCACGCUGGACCCGGCUACGCCCACCUGGUGGGGGUUUUCCACAGCGAGUUCGGACUCCUCAAUCAAGUACAUGUCCUGUGGUGGUUCGAGAGCCCCGACCAGCGGGCGGCGAUUCGGCAGAAGGCCCACGGAGACGCCCGCGUAGUGGCAGCAGUGAGGGAGAGUGUGACGUACCUGGACUCCCAGAGUAACAAGCUCAUGUUCCCCACUCCAUUCUCGCCCCUCCAGUGAGUUUCACCCUGGGGGGUGUGGGGGUUUGUUCUGGGGCAGUGGGACUCUUAAUGCUGUGUUGGUCAAACUGCACGUGCGCUUUACCACGUGUCUGAAACGUGACUGGAGCUCAAGAGCUGCCUGAUCUCCAGAGCAGCGGUGAGGGUGUUUGCUGUCCUUCGGUUCCUGCUAACUUGAGUGUUGAAUUUGAUCAAACCUUAACUUGACCUGGUAACGUUUCAUAGUUAUGAUUUUGUACAUUUUUGUUACAUUUUAGGUCUGAUCUGUUUGAUCCUAUAGGGGGGAUGAAGCCCCUAACCAUUGUGUUUUCACAGUGUUUGUCACCUGACCUCAGUUAUACCUUAAUUGUAAGUGGAUUCACACAUACAGCUCAUGAUUGUACAUGAUAGACAUGAAUUCAGCGGUGGAAAAUUCAGGUCCAGGAAGUACAAAUCCAGACCGUGGUUUUGCUUCAACUGACUAGUUGAGUAUAAAAAGUUAGUCACAGAAUACUCACCUGGUUGGUUGAAACAAAACCUUGGUCUGGAUUUGUACUUUCUGGACCUGGACAUUUUGUGUUUGUAAUAACUUAAAUUCGUUUACGUUAAUAUGAAGGAAUUUGAAUAUAGGAGUGUUACCUGUGUUUUUUUCUUGGCCUUCACAGUGUACUUGCAAUUGCUUUUAACAAUAAUAAAAUGCAAUUUUCAAGUCA